AGAUCAGGGAUUGUUCCCGAAAAGCAAUUUUGAAAACAAGAGCGCUUCUCAGCUCCAUCCUCGGACCAAAGUUCAGAAACACACAGCUCACGUCCCCAACUGCUCGAUGGAUGUUCCGAAAGACCAAUUAUCCACUCUUCUGGAUCAUGGUCUUUACGCUUCUGCCCAAAUGCUGGGUUGUUUUGCUGUGACAUCUGCCUCGAUAAAUUCGGAGACUAGUCCUCAUCUUAGAGCCGAAAGCUUGGUGCUGUAUGGGGAUUCACUCUUUCGAGGAAAGGAGUAUCGAAGGGCAAUUCAAAUAUAUAAGCAAGCAUUACAAUAUCACAAAAUACUACCAAAACAGAAUGCGUCGACACCCCCGGCAACUAGGAGUGCCUUGUCAGCGUCAAGUAGAUCUUCUUCUCCAAGUUCUUUCAACACUGUGGUGAUAAAUGAAAAUGAGGUUAAAUUUAAGAUUGCAAGUUGUUACAGCUCACUUGGUGAGAACAGAGCUGCCCUUAUUGAGUAUUUAUUGCAGCUUGAAUAUCAUGCAAUUCUAGCCACAGUGAUAAAUGAUCGAUAUGCAGAAAGUGUUGACAGUAUAUCCGGAUGUGUUUAACAGAUGGAGGGAAUUCCAAGCAAGUCAAGGAAUCUAGAAAUGCAUCUUGUGAUGGCAAAGCUCUACCGAAAUGCUAGACAUACUCGAGCAGCAAUUGCAUGCUUUAAGGAGUGUUUAAAGAAUUGCCCGUACAUUAUGGAGGCUAUCAUUGCUUUGGCUGAAUUGGGUGUUUCCGCAAAGGAUAUUAUAUCAUUGUUUCCUCAGACUCCGAACAGAAGUGGAAGGCCUCCCUUUGAUCAUUUUGAUUCAAGUCGCUGGCUACAACGUUAUGUCGAAGCUCAAUGCUGUAUUGCUUCGAAUGAUUAUAAAGGUGGGUUGGAACUUUUCUCGGAACUUCUACAGCGAUUUCCAAAUAACACCCACAUAUUACUUGAAAUGGCUAAGGUUAAAGCUGUCAUUGGGAAAAAUGAUGAAGCCAUUUUGGAUUUUGAAAAAGUUCGGUCGAUUGAUCCAUAUGUGGUUACAUAUAUGGAUGAGUACGCACUGCUUCUGAAGAUUAAAUCCGAUCAUUCCAAGUUAAAUAAGUUGGUUCACGAUCUAUUGAACAUUGACCCCGCCAAACCUGAAGUUUUCGUGGCUUUAUCUGUUUUGUGGGAAAAGAAAGACGAGAGAGGAGCUUUAGCAUAUGCAGAGAAGAGCAUCCGUAUUGAUGAGAGGCAUGUUGCAGGUUACAUAAUGAAGGGGAAUCUUUAUUUGGCAAUGAAUCGGCCAGAAGCUGCAGUGGUUGCGUUUAGGGGAGCUCAGGAUUUGAGGCCCGAUCUUCGUUCGUAUCAAGGUUUGGUGCGUUGCUAUUUGGCCCUUUCGAAGAUGAAAGAAGCCUUGUAUGCUGCAAGAGAGGCAAUGAAGGCAAUGCCCCAAUCCGCAAAGGCUCUAAAACUAGUUGGUGAUGUACAUGCUAGCAGCACAAGCGGUAGAGAGAAGGCAAAGAAGUUUUACGAAUCAGCCCUAAGACUGGAACCUGGUUUUCUUGGGGCUGCAUUAGCAUUGGCCGAGCUCCAUGUGAUGGAAGGCAGAAAUGGGGACGCUGUCUCUCUACUCGAGCGCUAUUUGAAAGAUUGGGCGGACGACUCUUUGCAUGUUAAGCUUGCUCAAGUUUUUGCGGCCACUAACAUGUUACAAGAUGCCCUUUCACAUUAUCAGGCCGCGUUGAGGAUGAACUCCCAAAAUGAAGCUGCAAAAAAGGGACUAGAGCGCUUGGAGAAACAAAUGAAGGUGCGUGUUUCUAUAUGCUAUUACUUCGGAAGUGAUUUUCUUGCCAAUGCCAUAAAUGAGAGGCUUUUGAAUGUGUGUUCUCUAGAAAGUCUUGAGCUUUUUGUGUAUUUUGAUAAUGGUGCCGAUUUUCAGGGAGUUGAUCCUGAUGCCCCUGAAGAAGAUGAAGAUAAUGAGGUUGAUGAUGGUGAUGGAGAUCAAGAAGGUGUUGAGCUCUUAUGA